AAACUUUACAAUCCUUUCGGCUGAUAAGCAUUUGCGUCCAAGUUGGACGCUGCUGGAUCCGAGCUUGAAGAUUCAUAAAAUAUUCCCCCAAUUGGCCAUUGGCCAUCGCAAUUGGCGAUUUGGGUUUCUUUCGUCGCCUUCAUCCCCCCUUGACCGAAAAGGGAAUUCAGAAUUCAUGCCAUAUUAACAUCUGGUUGAAAAUUUUACUUGCCAUCGUUGCAGAGAAGUGAGAGAGACGAUUCUUCUUCUUCUUCUUCUUCUUCUUCUUCUUCUUUCCGUUUCGAAUUGUGAUAUAGAGAGAGGAGAGAGAGAAGAGAGAGAGAGAGAGAGAGCAUAUGUGACAUGAUAAAUGACAUGAGCUGGUUUGAGAAGCUGCGUUGUAGUUGUUCUUCUUCAAAUCUCAGCCGCAUAAUUGCAGGCCUUCUAAUAUUCAUUCUUUGUCAUUCUUUCCAAUUAGUCUCCAAGAUUCCUAUACACCCUGAAAAUUGAAACCCACAAUUCCAAAUUCCAAAUUUUGUUCGAAUUAAUCAUUCAAUUGAAAAAUUCAAUUCAAUUCAAUUCUUUUCGUUUCCCAAUUUUCUUUUCAAUUCCAAUGGACCCGAAGGAUCCAUUCUCUGCUGUAUUAUUUGAUGGCUCUGUUUCGUCUCACAUUGAGAGGCAACAGAAUGCAUGCCCUUCUGUUAUUGUUAUUGGUGGUGGGAUAUCAGGGAUUGCUGCUGCACGUAUUCUCCAUGAUGCAUCUUUUAAGGUGCUUUUGCUCGAAUCACGGGACAGACUUGGUGGCCGGAUUCAUACGGACUACUCAUUUGGUUGUCCAGUCGAUAUGGGAGCAUCAUGGCUACAUGGUGUUUGCAACGAGAAUCCUUUGGCUCCACUGAUACGCCGCCUAGGACUUACUCUAUACCGUACGAGUGGCGAUGACUCUGUGUUGUAUGACCACGAUUUGGAAAGCUUUGCUCUUUUUGAUACGGAUGGCCACCAAGUUCCUCAAAAGAUGGUAGUUGAAGUUGGUGAUACUUUCAAGAAAAUUCUCAGAGAGACUGAGAAAGUAAGGAAUGAGCAUACCGAUGACAUGUCCGUUUCUCAAGCAAUUUCUGUUGUGAUGGAUAGGCAUCCUGAAUUAAGACAAAACGGACUUGCUCACGAAGUGUUACAAUGGUACAUAUGUCGAAUGGAAGCCUGGUUUGCCGCAGAUGCAGAUGUAAUAUCACUAAAAAACUGGGAUCAGGAGCAUGUUCUAUCCGGUGGUCAUGGACUUAUGGUGCAAGGGUAUGACCCAAUAAUAAAGGCUCUUGCAAAAGAUAUUGAUGUACGCUUGAAUCACAGGGUGACAAAGUUAUUAAAUGGGUCUAACAAGGUGAUGGUCACAAUUGAGGACGGAAGAAACUUCAUUGCAGAUGCUGCUAUAAUAACAGUACCCCAUGGGAUUCUUAAAGCCAAGUUGAUUGAGUUCGUACCCCAGUUGCCUGAGUGGAAGGUUGCUGCAAUUUCUGAUCUCGGUGUGGGCAAUGAAAACAAAGUUGCCCUACGGUUUGAGAAAAUUUUCUGGCCAAAUGUAGAGCUCUUGGGCAUUGUUGCACCAAAUUCUUAUGCAUGUGGUUAUUUUCUCAAUCUUCACAAGGCCACAGGCCAUCCGGUCCUCGUCUACAUGGCUGCUGGAAGAUUUGCAUAUGACCUUGAAAAACUAACUGACGAUGCUGCUGUUAAUUUUGUGAUGUUGCAGCUUAAGAAGAUGUUACCUGAUGCCACCGAGCCAGUUCAAUAUCUGUUAUCACGAUGGGGAACGGACCUGAAUUCUCUUGGAUGUUACGCGUUGGAUUUGGUUGGAAAGCCAGGAGAUAUAUAUGAGAGGCUUCGGGCACCUUUGGGUAAUCUCUUUUUCGGUGGGGAAGCUGUUAGCAUGGACCACCAAGGAUCUGUACACGGAGCUUACUCCGCAGGAGUUAUGGCUGCUGAGAACUGUCAGCAGCAUCUGUUGAAGAAACUCGGUAAUUUGGAGAGCCCUCAGCAUGCUUACCUUAUGGAGGAAGUGCUUGAAGCAGCAACAGUUCCCCUCCAAAUCUCAAGGAUGUGAACCAUUUUCUGAUACUUCAGACAUGAAAGAUGGGAUUUACAAUUUCAAAGUUGUUGAUCUAAUUUAAUCUUUUGGAUUUAUCAAGGAAAACCCGAAGACCCGACCUCUGCCUCUACCUUUUCUCCUCUCUCUUGAACUUUUGUUUCAUCACCUCACGCCUCAGUGCUGCUUCCCUCUUAACAAAUGCAUGCAUGUCGAGUUCGACCUCCCAUGGAAGUGCGAGAACGAACGGUACAUUAGUAUAAAGUCAUAAACGAAUGGUACAUUAGUAUAAAGUUGUUGAUAUAACUUGAACGAUACAGUUGUUGAUAUGACGUCAAUAUUCGAUAUCAAUAUCGUUAUUCACAUCGUUCGCAUUAUUGCGGGUACUCUAGUUGGGCGUUAUGACCGUUUGUAAUAUAAUACCAACUUUAACCAUGACACACUAGUUUGAAGCCCUGGUUUACGGCUGUUGAGCGAUUAGCAUACCAAAUUCUUUGGUAGGCCUAUAUAUCGUAGUUUUUGCAGUUGAACUAUGUAUAAAGAAAGAAGUAGAUUAAAUUUAAAAGGGCUUGGAGAUUUUAGCCUGUGAA